UGCCUCUAACAUAGUACGCAUUGAUGUAAUGAUAAAGAUCCAAUCUCCCUUCAAAGUAUCCAAUGCUGUACUAUUAAAAUCAAAAAGGCCUUAUUCUCUUUUGAUCAUUGCAAAAUGUUUCUGAGUUUCGUACCUUUUCCCCUUUUUUUCAAUCAAGGAAUGCUAUGAUUUUUGAUUGCUAAUUCUCAGAUUCAACUUCUAAUCAAGAUCCAAUCUUUCUUCAAAAUUUCGCCCUCCAAUACCAACCCUCAUCUCUGUCUGGACAUAUAACCAUAAUGCAUGUGAACUUUUGCCUGUUUUUGAGCCCAAAAGCUGUGGCCUCCAUUGACAAAUGCUUGCAUUCUUUGAAACCCAUUAGGCCUUUUCUUUCCAAUUCUUCAAAGAUCUGACCUUUCUUCAAUUUCCAUUCCCAAAUCCCAAAUUUCACCCCUCAUAGACAUGAUUCAGUUCUAGGGUUUCAAUUUCAUCUCCAUUGCCUCCACUUCAACAAAACCCCAAUUGCCAAUGCACUUCAGUUGAAAUUUUGUUAAUUUCCUGUUAUGUUUUUGUAGUACUUAGAUUCUUUUGAUUCAGACAUUAUUAAAAGAAAGGGAAAGAAGAACAAUGCUGAAGCACAUUUUCAGCAGGCUCCCUAGAAAAUCCCUUUCCAAAGCUGAGUCACUUGAUUCAUCUGACCCUUUUUGCCAAAAUAGCGGCUGCAGUUCAGGAAGGGGGGCGGGUGGAGGAGCUCUCAAGAGGGCCUCUUCAGCUGUUUUUCCAGCAAGUGUGGUUGCAGGGUUUGAGCCAUUGGUGCCUUUCAAAGAUGUUCCCAGCUCUGAAAAGAUGAAUCUUUUCAUUAGUAAGUUAAGUCUCUGCUGUGUAGUAUUUGAUUUUACUAAUCCAAGUAAGAACACCUCAGAGAAGGAGUUAAAAAGAGCUACAUUGAUUGAACUAGUUGAUUUUGUGUCAUCCAAUACAGUGAAGUACUCGGAACCCGCAAUUUUAGUUGUUUGUAAGAUGUGUGCAGUUAAUCUAUUUCGUGUUUUCCCGCCUGACCAUAGGUCAAAAAAUAAUAGUUCACAUGCUAGUGAAAAUGAUGAUGAUGAACCUACAUUCGAUCCUGCGUGGUCGCAUUUGCAGUUAGUGUACGAUUUAUUGCUUAAGUUCGCUACUUCAUCUGCAUUAGAAGCUAAGGUGGCUAAGAAGUAUUUGAAUCAUUCAUUUAUUGUACGAUUACUUGAGUUGUUUGAUGCUGAAGAUCCAAGGGAAAGAGACUGUCUAAAAGCUGUUUUGCACAGGAUAUAUGGGAAGUUUAUGGUUCACCGGCCCUUUAUAAGGAGAAGCAUAAGUAAUGUGUUUUAUAGGUUUGUGCUUGAGACCGAGAAGCAUAAUGGAAUUGCUGAAUUGUUGGAGAUUUUUGGGAGUGUGAUAACAGGGUUUGCAUUGCCAUUGAAGGAGGAGCAUAAAAUCUUUCUGUGGAGGGUUUUGCUGCCGCUGCACAAGUCAAAAUCUUUGGGAGUUUACUACCAGCAGUUGUCGUACUGUGUAACGCAGUUUAUUGAGAAGGAUCCGAAGUUAGCUAGCACUGUAGUUCAGGGACUGUUAAAGUACUGGCCAAUAACAAAUAGCCAGAAAGAGGUGAUGUUUCUCAGUGAGCUGGAAGAGAUUUUAGAAGCAAUCCAUGUUGCUGAAUUCCAAAAGGUCAUGGUCCCGUUAUUUUGGCGGAUCGGAUGCUGCAUUAGCAGUUACCACUUUCAGGUAGCUGAAAGGGCUCUUUUCCUUUGGAAUAAUGAUCAAAUUGCCACUCUGAUUGCACAUAAUCGGCAUGUGAUACUGCCAAUCAUAUUCCCAGCUCUUGAAAACAAUGCUCAGAGCCAUUGGAACCAUGCCGUGCUGAAUUUGACUUUAAAUGUAAGAAGCAUGUUUAAAGAGAUGGAUGAUGCAUUAUUCCUUGCUUGCCAUUUGCGUUACAAAGAGGAAAAAGAACAACUAAACUUGGCAGCUCAAAAGCGGAAGGAAGCAUGGGAACACUUGGAAAAUGCUGCCAGUCUGAAGCCAAUAGCAGAAAACAUUGCAGUUCUGGUAACACCUUUAGCAACUUCAAUUCGUUGUUAACAGGUGUUUUAUGUAGACUGGCCAUAAAAAUCUUGCUGUUUGCCUAGUUUGUUGGGGGGUAGUAGCUAGCAAAGAUUGAUGCUUAUACCUACCGUCUGGAGGUUUUGGGUUCUUUUGUAUAAUCUGGUAAUAGCUUCUUGUUGUAACUUGUAUCUGUUACGUCAUUGUUACCUCUACUCUCUACUCCAGGGGGGAGAAGAAGGAGGGUGUUGUAGUGAAUGAUAGCAACUAACAUCUUUUGUUAAUGUCAUUUCACAUUUUGAUUUUGUUUUUU